GCCCCGCCCUCCUCUCCUGGAAGGGCUCCGCGCGCUGCAACUUCUGGCUCCGGGCCUGGGCGGGGUUUUGAGCUCUUCGCGGUGCCGCGGGAAAGCGGGGCCUUUCCGAGCGGAGGCCCCCGUGCCUCUCCAACCCUCCAGCCCUCUGUAGAGAUGACGCCUGAACCUGAGCAGAUCAGAGCGUCGCAGCCGGGACCUGGGUGUCGAUGGCCUCCUCGAAUCCGGGCCGGUGGAGGCCAGGGGUGAUGCGGUGACUUGUAGGGAGACAGAACUCGCUGUGGAGGGAUCGCGACCUCCCACCGCCGGAGGUCCCAGGACGGGCUGGCGCUGCGAGUCCCUAAAAACCAGCGCGAGAAGAGCAAAUCCUAACGGAGGAGAACACGCGGGGCCCUGGGUGCUCGGUCGGCCCGGCCCGCCUUGGGCUCAGGUCCUGAUCCGAGCCCCGCACCGGCUUUCUGCUCCGCGAGCGUCGGCUGCUUCCCCCGCUUCUGCUCACCCUCUCGCGCGCUCUCAAAUAAAUAAAAUCUUAAAAAACGAAACAGGCUUUUCUGUUUACCAGCCAAGGUGGCGCCUCCCAGUGGCCCUGUGGGGAGCACCGGCUGACGGGGCUUGAACAGACGUACUGGCCUCACGUGCACUGGCCACAACGUGUUUGGCGAGAGGCCUGGCACAUUAAGAAGUCCUCAGUAAAUUGCUGGCUUUGCUGGUAGCGCGUGACGCACAUCAUCAGCCGCUCUUCCUCAUCGUGAAUCUCUGCCGAGUCCGCAUUCCCCCUUCCCGCAUCCGUGCUCGGGGACUGGUGCCCGGGACCGCCGUGCUGGGAGCUGACUCUCCCACCUUAACAACGGGGACAGCCUCCUUGCUGCUUCCCUUGCCUUGUUCCUUCUCUAUGAUCCGUUCUCCUCAAUCUGGUUGCCAGACUGCAUCGCAGCCCUACUGUUCUUGAGAUCCUGUGUGGUUCCCAGGGCCCUCAUAUUCCAGUCCUGCCUGAUCUCUCGGCCUGGUAUUCUGAGGCCCGGCACAGACACUGGAUCUCAAUUCUGCGCCUUGGCAAGGGCUGCUUCCAAAUCUGAAAUGCCCUGUAACAUCCCCAUCCACCAUCUUCCUAACAAAUAUUGACCCAUUUAACCUUCCAGACCUAUUCGGUAUUAGCUUCUUCCCUGACCAUCUCAGGUCACGUUCUUGAGGUCAUUAAUGAGAGAGACACGAAGAGGUAGGACCCUCAAGAGGCCAAAUUCUCUUGCAGUGACUAUUCUUCAAUGUGUGAAGACAGACAGCAUCCAGAACCGAACAGCCCGGGCUCUGGGGAACUUAGCUAUGGAACCUGAGAGCUGUGGGGACAUCCAUUCUGCGGGUGCUGUUCCUCUGCUCGUUGAGAGCCUGACAGCCUGCCAGGACUCCCAGUGCCUGCAGAGUGUGGUGCGUGCCCUCCGCAACCUGGCGGACUCACCCCAGCACCGCCUGGCCCUGGCACAGCAGGGGGCAGUACGCCCUCUGGCUGAGCUUCUGGCCGCUGCCCCAGACCCUGCGCUGACCUUGGCCCUAGUGCGUGCACUCUUGGAGCUGAGUCGAGGUUGCUCCCGGGCCUGUGCUGAGCAGCUAAGUCUGGGUGGGGGGCUAGGACCACUGGUCAGUUUGGCCUCCCACCCCAAAAAGGCAGUACGAGAGGCAGCUAUCCUGAUCCUUGCCAACCUGUGUGCCCAAGGCCUUGUACGGCCUGCACUGGGCAAUGCUGGUGGUGUGGAGGUACUACUAGGUGAGCUCCGGCGGCGCAGGGGGCCUAAUGGAGCUGGCCCAGCCUCCCAGCAGCCCCUGGUGCGGGCUGUGUGCCUGCUGUGCCGGGAGGCCAUCAACCGGGCCCGGCUGCGGGAUGCAGGUGGUUUGGAGCUAUUGAUGGGUCUGCUGCGGGACCCGCGUGCCAGUGCCUGGCACCCUCGUGUCGUGGCUGCCCUUGUGGGCUUCCUGUAUGACACUGGAGCCCUGGGCCGGCUACAAGCGCUGGGACUUGUACCGCUCUUGGCUGGGCAGCUGUGUGGCGAUGCUGGUGAUGAGGAAGAAGAGGGAAGAGAAGCUGCUUCUUGGGACUUCCCUGAGGAGCGGACCCCUGAGCGGGCAGAGGCCGGAAGCUUCCGAAGCCUAAGGUCGUGGCUGAUCUCUGAGGGCUACGCCGCAGGCCCGGGAGACAUCUCUCCUGACUGGUCCCCUGAGCGAUGUCCCCCGCCUCCACCACCCCCAGAGCCACCUGAGCCGACCAGCCCCACCCUGGGUCCAACCUCACUGCGGACGCCUCGCACGCUGCGCACACCAGGGCGGAGCCCUGCAGCCACCUCUGAGGAGCCUUGGGGCCGUGAGGGGCCAGCGCUGCUGCUACUGUCACGAUUCUCCCAGGCUCCCGACCCAAGUGGGGCAUUGGUGACCGGCUCAGCCCUGUGUGGCCUGCUGGCCUAUGUGACAGGCUCGCCGGGCCCACCGAGCCCACGUGCACUGCGCAUCCUGGCACGCCUUACCUGCAACCCCGCCUGUCUUGAGGCCUUCGUGCGCAGCUACGGUGCCGCACUGCUGCGUGCCUGGCUUGUGUUAGGCGUUGCCCCAGAUGACUGGCCCACACUGCGUGCCCGGCCCGCUCGACGCCAGCACCGGGAGCUGGGUGAGAUGUUGCUGCAGAACUUGACCGUGCAGGCUGAAUCACCCUUUGGAGUGGGUGCCCUCACUCACCUGCUGCUCUCUGGAAGCCCUGAGGACCGUGUGGCCUGUGCACUGACCCUGCCCUUCAUCUGUCGGAAACCCUCUCUGUGGCGCCGGCUACUUUUGGACCAGGGUGGCCUCCGUCUCCUCCUCUCGGCACUAACUCGGCCAGCUCCACAUCCACUGUUCCUCUUCUUUGCUGCAGACUCCCUUUCCUGCCUCCAAGGCCUGGUGUCUCCCACGGCGAUUCCAGCCCUUUUAUCUCCAGUCCCGCUGGACCUAGAUUCCCCAUCCCCUUGCCUCUAUGAACCUCUGCUGGGCCCAGCCCCCAUCCUAGCCCCUGACCUGCACUUCCUGCUGGACUCGGGCCUACGGCUCCCUGCCCGGCGCGCUGCCUCAGCUACUGCCUCACCUUUCUUCCGGGCUCUGCUAGCCGGCAGCUUUGCCGAAGCCCAGAUGGACCUGGUGCCGCUUCGAGGCCUGUCACCCAGUGCAGCCCGGCCUAUCCUGCAUCACUUGCAUGGUUGCCGGGGCUGUGGGGCGGCCCUGGGGCCAAUUCCCCCACCAGGCCAGCCCCUGCUGGGCUCAGAGGCUGAGGAGGCCCUGGAGGCUGCUGGCCGUUUCUUGCUGCCUGGGCUGGAGGAGGAGCUGGAAGAGGCUGUGAGCCGUAUCCACCUUGGACCCCAUGGUGGCCCAGAGUCCGUGGGUGAGGUAUUCCGCUUGGGCCGGCCCCGGUUGGUUGCCCAUUGUGCCCGCUGGACCCUGGGCCCAGGGCAGUGCCCGCGGAAGCGGGCCUUGGCCUUAGUGGGGCUUGUGGAGGCAGCAGGAGAGGAGGCAGGGCCCCUGACUGAGGCUUUACUGGCUGUGGUGAUGGGGGUUGAAAUGGGGGGCAAGGGUUCCAGCGUAGACUGUUGAUGUCCCCUGGGAUGGGUCGGCUAUGAAGGAGGACUCCUUCCGGGCAGCACGAGAGGAGGCCGAGCAGAACUUACCGUCAAAGACUGAUGAGAGAAUGGAGCUCUGCCCCAGGACAGCGGGCUGAAGACGCGGGAGUGAGGCGGCCAGG